AUAUAUUGCCUUUUGGCAAUUCAGCCACUGGUAUUUUGUACAACAAAUGUUCACCAAUCGGUCAGAUAUCCACGUCAAUGGUGGCAAACAAGACGCUGCUAUCCCUCAUUACAAGCCACCCUCUUGAUGUCCUGUGCCUUUUAAUUGUCGCACCGCUUUCACUGCUACAAAAAAAGUACCAGCAUCGAAGAAAUGGAACGCUGUGGAACGUUGCCACUAUAGCGACGAUCACAGGGAUUCAGGGAUUAUUGUACUACAAUGAGCGGUAUACAGCUCUUUUAUACACUUUCCCGAUUAUAAUACUGUUCCGUCGACUGUGUGUGCUUGCUAUCACCGGAGGUAUCGGAAGUGGAAAGAGCACAUUAGCACGGAUACUAGCCGAUAACGGAUAUGUUGUGAUAGACUGCGAUGCCAUAAAUCGUGAGUUGUUGUUGCCAGGGUCACCGGCUUACGCUAGUAUUAUCAAAAAGUUUGGAGCCGGAAUAAUUCUAGAGAACGGCGAAAUUGACAGACAGCAACUGAGAGAAAUAGUGUUUAAUAAUGAAGCUCGUCGACUUGAACUUAAUAAAAUUCUGCACAAGUAUAUCGGUAUCAGAGUAAUCUGGAACAUUUUCAAAUAUAGAAUACUAUUUUGGAAAAGCCGUGUUGUUCUAGAUGUUCCCCUUCUAUACAACACACCACUGACUGUAAUCAGCAGUCCCAUUGUAGUACUGAUCUCACCAGUAGAAACUCGAUUAGAAAGGCUUAUGGAACGCGACGGAAGUAUUCCAAGAUCGACAUUGCAAAACAUAAUUGCAGCACAAGUGCCAGAUGCUAUUUUGAAGGUUUGGGGAGAUGUAGUCUUAGAUAACAGUUCCAGUCGUGAAGUGUUCUUAGAGAAAGCCGAAUCAUUGGUUACUAACUUAUGUUAAUGUACAAUAAUAGUAACA